GCCCGUCUCCGCGCCGCCAUGCUGCCCAACACGGGGAAACUAGCAGGAUGCACUCUGUUCAUCACGGGUGCGAGCAGGGGCAUUGGCAAAGCCAUUGCUCUGAAAGCUGCCAAGGAUGGUGCCAAUAUCGUCAUAGCUGCCAAGACAGCCGAGCCACAUCCCACUCUGCCAGGGACAAUCUACACUGCUGCAGCAGAGAUUGAAGCGGCUGGAGGAAAGGCUUUGCCAUGUGUCGUUAAUGUGAGGGAGGAACAGCAAAUUAUUAAUGCCGUGGAGAAAGCUGUGAAGACUUUUGGAGGGAUUGAUAUUUUGGUGAACAAUGCAAGCGCCAUCUCUUUGACUGGCACUUUGGAAACAGAAACGAAGAAGGUCAAUCUGAUGAUGGAUGUCAAUGUACGAGGAACCUACCUUACGUCUAAAACAUGCCUUCCCCACUUGAGGAAGAGUAAGAACCCCCAUAUCCUGAACCUCAGCCCACCUAUGAAUCUGAAUCCCAUGUGGUUCAAAAAUCAUUGUGCUUACACCAUUUCUAAGUAUGGGAUGUCCAUGUGUGUCCUGGGAAUGGCAGAAGAAUUUAGAGGAGAAGUUGCCGUCAAUGCUUUGUGGCCUAAAACAGCCAUACACACAGCUGCGAUGGAUAUGCUGGGAGGAUCUGGAAUAGAAAAACAGUGCCGGAAAACAGACAUCCUUGCAGAUGCUGCAUAUUGCAUUUUAACAAAGCCAAAAAGUUUCACUGGAAACUUCAUUAUUGAUGAAGUUCUGCUGAGAGAAGAAGGGGUUAAAGAUUUUGAUAUCUAUGCAAUUGCACCAGGUCACCCACUGAUUCCUGACUUCUUCUUGGAUGCUGAAACUGACAUGAAACAAGGAAGACAAGGGGCUUCCCAAGCCUUCCAAGAGGAGAAGCAGCUAAGUGGAUCCCAGCGAGGAGGAGCUACAGUCGACACAGAACCUGGUGCAGCUGAGCCGCAGGGUCCUGUUGCAGAGACAUUCAGAAUUAUUCAGGGGGCAAUGAGUGACGAGCACGUGCGAGCUACUCAGGGGGUCUUUCAGUUCGAAUUGUCUGGUGACGGAGGCGGCACUUGGUACAUCGACCUGAAAAGCAAGGGCGGGAGCGCGGGUUUCGGCAAAGCUCCUGUGCCGGCCGAUGUGGUGAUGAGCAUGGCAAGCGCCGACUUUGUGAGAAUGUUCACCGGUAAACUAAAGCCAACCCUGGCCUUUAUGUCAGGAAAAUUAAGGAUUAAAGGUAAUAUGUCACUAGCCAUAAAGCUUGAGAAGAUGCUGACUCAGUUUAACUCUAAACUGUGAGGGGAAACCCUUACUAUCAGACCAGUGGCCUUUCAUGUAUAACUGUACUGCUGUUUUUUAAUGAUAGUCAUUGUUUUUCUCUGAUGCAAUGUAGUAAAAUGGAUAAAAUCUGAGAUUUUUAGAGAAGAAAUAACUGUUUGAUUACAAGAAGAAGAUGUUUGUCUUGAUUAAACAAAUUCCUUCA